AUGGGCGGCUUUACAGCUCCAGGUACAGUCAUAUCCUCAUACUACACUUGGGGUCCAGAUCCCAUCAUCCCUCCAACAGAUUCAUCGGACAUAUGGGAUAUACCAUUCCCCUUCAUACCGAUGUUAUGGGGUUGUACCCCCACCUAUAUCGAGCCAUUCCAGCGAGCUCUUUGGUCUAACUUCUCCAAUGCUACUUUGACGCCUCAAAAGGAUAUACUAGUGUUUAACGAGCCGGAUCAUCCUCAACAGGCCUUAUGUACUCCUCAGGAAGCUGCGACUGUCUGGCGAGAGGUGUUGGAACCAUUAAAAUAUCAGGGUCAUAGACUUGGUAGUCCUGCUGUGACCAGUGGAGAGACGGGUAGACAAUGGAUGAAGGAUUGGUAUGAUGCUUGUCAGGGAGCUUGUAAUCCGGAUUUCCUAGCUUUGCACUGGUACGACCUAGUUCCCCAGAAUUUCAUCGAACAUAUACAGUAUUAUCACAACACAUAUAAAUUACCAGUAUGGGUGACAGAAUAUGCUCCACAGAAUUUCUCAGUCUUCAACGCCGGGACAAACGAGUACGACGGUCAAGCUACCUAUAUAGAAGUACAGAGAUUUAUGGAUAUAACCACGGCAUACAUGAAAUCUGUUGAUUGGGUUGAGAGGUGGUUCUGGUUUGGAGCAAUGUACGAAAUGCAAGGUGUCAACGAGCUCGAUUGUCUAUUCGACCAAUCUGGUAAACCCAAUCGAACUGGCGCACUGAACGAGUUGGGCGUUCAAUACGCAAAUUCGAAUGGGAGUGUAUCGGUCGAACAUCGAUUAUCUCCUUCAUCGGCUAUACGUACCACUGAUCGAACAAUGUCGUUGUAUGGUACAAUCAUUAUUACUUCGACCUUACUCUUGACAAGUCAACACUUGAUAGGAUCAAUGAGUUGA